GUGCGAAUAGACAUUUCCAGCUCAGAGUUUGGCCAUGUCAGAGACUGUGGACAGCGAUGUGGAUGAAUACGAUGAGUUAUCGGAGCUGCGUCAACGCCAGAAGCCCCAAACCCAACCCUCAGUGGAUGAGGCCUUCGAUUUGGAUGAUUUGCUGCCGACCAUUGGUGAAUUUGGCAAGUAUCAAAAGCUUCUGGUCUUUGGUAUUUGCCUGCCCGCCUGCAUUCCUUGCGGCUUUUGUGCCUUCAAUCAGCUGUUUAUGGCUGAUACUCCGGAUGACUAUUGGUGUCGCAUACCCGAAUUGCUGGACAUGCAGCUGGAGCAGCGUAAAUAUCUGGCCAUACCCAAGGAACUGGAAAACGAUGAACUGGUCUACAGCAAAUGCCAUACGUACGGAGUCAAUUGGACGCAACUGCUCGAAUCAUUGGAAGAUGAGAAUGACCUGACCACACUGGAGCCAAACAGCACUUGGCCGGUGGUUAAGUGCAGUCAGGGCUGGGAAUAUAAUACCACAAAUGUGUGGUCCUCCAUUGUGAUUGAUUUUGAUUUAGUGUGCGAUCAGGAUAUAUAUCCAACCAUUGGCUUGGCGGCACUCAAUACUGGUGGACCCGUGGGGGUGUAUCUCUUUGGAUUGCUUAAUGAUCGCGCUGGAAGGAGACUUUCGUACUUCACCUGCCUGGCCACUUUGCUGGCGGGUAGUUUGAUGACUUCGCUGAGCAAGGACUUCUGGACUUGGGCUGGCAGUCGCGUCAUUGUGGGCCUGACUAUACCGGCUGUCUAUCAGAUACCUUUUAUCAUAUCUCUGGAGUUGGUGGGCGAGAACUAUCGUUCCUUUGUAACUGUUAUGACCUGCACCUUUUACACCUCGGGUAUUAUGCUGCUCUCCGUUGUCACCUAUCUGGAGCGGGAUUGGGUGCGCCUCUCUUACAUCACCUCGCUGCCUUUCUAUGCCUAUUUCCUCUAUAUGUUUGUGAUGCCGGAAUCACCCCGUUGGCUUCUGAUGCGUGGCCGCCUGGAAGAGGCCCUCACGAUACUGGAGCGCAUGGCCAGAGUGAAUGGACGACAGUUUCCGGAGGCAGUGCACAGCAAGCUGGAGGCACAAAUCCGCCGCGACAAGCUCAAGAAAGAGAAGAAAAAGGUGGCUAAUGUGGGUCUGAGAGAUCUCUGUCGUACGCCCAAUAUGCGGCUGAAAACAAUACUGAUUACGUUGAGUUGGUUUGCCAAUGAGACGGUCUAUCUGGGCCUCAGCUAUUACGGUCCCUCGCUGGGCACCAAUCAGUAUGUGAGCUUCUUUCUGUCGGCUGUGGUGGAGCUGCCUAGCUAUCUCUGCUGUUGGUACUUUAUGGACACCUGGGGCAGACGUUGGCCACUCAGUUUGUCCAUGAUAUUGGGGGGUGUGGCAUGCGUGAUAACGGUGAUGUUGCCCGAUGAGGCUGUCGAUGAGACUCUAUAUCUGUAUUUGGUAUCCAAGGCCUUGCUCUCGGCCUCCUUUCUAAUCAUCUAUCCAUUUGCUGGCGAACUGUAUCCGACACAAGUACGUGGCAUAGGCAUUGGAGCUUCCAGUUAUAUUGGAGGAUUGGGUCUGAUUGUCAUACCCUUUGUGACAUAUCUGGGCAAGGAGAACCUCAAGUUGCCGCUGGUUAUCAUGGGUUUUGUUUCCAUGCUGGGCGGAAUGACGGGUCUUCGAUUGCCGGAGACCCUGCAUCAUCGUCUGCCGCAGACCAUUGAGGAGGGGGAAGAGUUCGGCAAAGACUGGCAGCUCAAGGAUUGCUGUAGAUGCGCUCAAAAACAGACUGUGCUCUCCCAACCCACAUCGUAUGAGAAUCUGGAUGUUUUGGGUGGUUCAUCCAACACUGCCUCCGAGGCGGAGGUGGAGCUGGAGUUGCGCGACAAUCGUCGCGUCCGCCAGCAGGCGCCCAUGAGCUCUAUUGAUGAGCUCACGCCAUUGGAGGGCAUGGCCAGUGGAAGUGGUCGACCCGUUCAUCGGCCGUCUAUGAAGCGCUUGGUGCGUCAGAUGAGCAUCAUGGAUACACAGCGAACUAAUGAUGGCACCAUGCAACUAACACAUUGGAUUUAGGGAACUCUACUACAUAAAUAAAACAGGCGCUGUAAAGAAAAAGGCAGUACGAAACAGGUGUAGUUUUAGUUUAAAUAAUACUUAAAUAUUGGUAUGAAAUGUGUCCUUAAGUUGUAGGAGGACAGUUGGCAGUUAUUACGGUAGUUUUUUAGUACCCUAAGGGGUUUCCAGCUGUAUCGCUUUUGAUUUGUAUCUCUAGUUUGGUAUAAGAGUUCCAUAAGAUGUGAAGCCUAAACAUAUGUCAUUUAGAUGUUUUAAGAAUAUAUUACAAUUCUGAAAUUUUCCUAAAGCGACGUGUGUAGUUUAAACAGUUUAUAUAUGUAUGUGAACCCAUGAAGACAUAUAUAUAAUAUCUACGACACGAUAGAUAGACAAAAAUAUAGAAGAACGCAUCAACCUGUAACAGUAUAGAAGCAAAUCGUAUAAACUCCAUUAUUAUCGAAGAACCAACAAUUAUGCACAAUACCUGCUAGUUGCAAAUGUAUGCUUUUUUUUGGAUAUACCAACAAAUAAUCUAUGAACACAUUAAAAUAGUAUAACAGAACUAAAAGAACAUUAUAGAAACAAUGGAUUCCUGAUUCCACUUCCUUAAGUUGUAUUUCAGUCGACCUUAAAUUAAGAACAAAGAAUCAUUGCCUCGAUUUGAAUUCGAUAAAAGUACAGUACAGCAGUGUCAGAGGAUAAUUGCCAUAUUUUCAGAUACUUACGGGUCCCAUAACCAUUUCCCAGAUGGAAUAUCAAUUUUAGCUUUAAUUGUAGAGCAUUGCUAUUAGCUGUAAGGCGCGUUUAAUUCAGCUUUAAACAAAGCAUUAAAAACAACAACAAACAUUCCCGAUAGGGGAAAGUAACAAACCGAAAAAAAUUAAUUCCUCAAACAUAUCCGGUAAAAUAAAUAAAUAUAUAUGAGGAGGCGUACUGCAACAUUACAUAUCUCUAACUCUGUCUCUAUGAUAUAUAAAUACAUAUUAUAUUCUGUGUGUGACACACAACAAUA